GGGUUUAUUGCUCAGAAUUUAGAUCAACAUGUGGACAGGGACCGCAAUGAUUUCCUUCCUGAUUCUUUUUAAAAGGGAACUUCAAGAUUUGGUAAGAAAGUGUCCUGCCCUGUAUGUGGGGGCUGAAAUUGUAACAUCUCUUUAGGACAUGGUUUUACAAUACCCUACACUCAUGUUUGGUGCUUCUGUUCCUUUCCUUCUCAUCCUGAUCCAAGUGUCUUCCUGCACCCUCAAAGUCACUGGUUACAUCGGGCAGGAUGUUACUUUGCCCUGCACAUAUGAUGCCCAAGCUAAUGGAAUCCUAAGUUUCUGCUGGGGACACGGGAAGGUGCCCCAAUUCAAGUGCAACAACAUGAUCCUCUCGUCGUAUUAUGGGGAUGUGACUUUUAGAGAGUCCCCCAGGUACCAGCUGCUGAGCCAAGUGACGCAGGGCAACGUUUCCUUGACCAUUCUUAAUGCUCAGAGAGGAGAUGCUGGCAACUACGGCUGCAGGGUGGAAAUUCCUGGGGUGUUUAACGACCAUAAGAUCAACAUACACCUGAUCAUGGAAGAAGAUGAGAUGAACGCUACAGGCUCAACCAAUGAGGAAAUACUCGGAGUCUUAUUAAAUAACAGCAACAUUGGAAGGAUUGCAGCUAUUUUCCUCCUCACCAUAAUCCUAAUCCUCAUCAUCAGAAGGAAGGUUCUGGCGAGGAGGACGACGGCGCCUCAGCAGUUCAGCAUCUUCACCGUUGAGAAUAUUUACAACACCAUCCCGGUGGAUAAAUGAUGCUCAGUGCCAGAACAACAGAGGAUACAAGAAAUGUCUUCUGAAUUUACUUCAUGUUAUAAAUCUCUCCAUAUUGUUGUCUUUUCAUCAGCUAUUUUAAAUCAUGCAAAUAGAAAAUUCUUUAAAACUAAAAAGGGAAAAAAUAAUCUCACUAAAGCAGCUUACAAUGUCUCACUGAUGGUGUUGAUGAUAAAUGUUGAUUCCUAAAAUUAAUUAAUCUGCUUUAAUUUAUUUGUGUUUGCUAUGAAAUAAUUGUGAUGUUUCACAGUCGUGGGCACAGUGCCACCUACUGGAAAAAACUAAAUAUUGUCAUUAACUAUGAAAUGUGACGGGUGAUAUAUGUACAUCUCUGCAUCUCUCUGUUCUUUUUUUUUUUUAUAAUUUAAGCACAUGUAUCCUAGAAUUACAUUAACUAGAGACUGUAUAUUACUAACAACGAAGUUUUAUUUCUUUGUACUUUUUGAUUAGUGGCUUGACUUUUAAUUUUUGAUGCUGUAUUUCUGUUUGGAGAAAUUUAAAUGAGCUUAGGCUCUUAAUGCAUAGCUCUCUAUGAGCGAAACUAAGCAGGGUUUAAAAUUGUUUGCUCUGUGUUGGAGGAACCACAAAUUUGGUUGAGAAAGAGGAAGCUGUCACACUCCACAGACUGAUGAAUUGUUUCUAAGCAGUCUGAAAAGUCCUUGGCUCGUUAAACGGUCACACUGUUUUUUUUUAACGCUGUUUGUAAUUACCAGUAACAGUUUGUUAAAAUUGAUCAAGUUUUGUGCAUUUAAACUUGAAUAAAACUUAUCUUCCUAA